CUUGGUGUCCCCCUGCUGUGCCUGCUUGGUUUUGCAUCCAACAACUCGCCCGCCACCUGACUUAUUCCUUGCUCAAAGUCAAACCAACACUUUGCCUCAUUACCCAUCAUAUUGCCAUAUUGCUCAUUGCUCGUUGCGCGUUUCCAUUUCACAAAAGCCCUCACGCUCUUUUGCACAUCUCCUGUCUAAAGCACCACCAAAGCCCACAUCUUGAGGCUUGAAUCCCCGUGAUCCCCCCAAACCUCACCCUGCCCCAAGCUUCUUGUGAAAGCUGUCGCCUGCGCAUUAAAUUACGCCAUCCACCGCCUCCCUCACUGCAACCUCUUUGUCCCUCACCAACCCUUCUCAUCAAAUUCCCGACACUGACACCAAAUUCCACGACGAUCAAACAUUCCAGUAUGGGUUCCUUUGUCUUCAGAUGGUCAGUGAUACCCUUUGUUUGUGCCGUUUUUCACUGCACACCUCCCCCCUGCACAUCUCUCUACGCGCUUGUCUGGAACAAGUUCUGUAUUACAUCUUGGUUUGUCCCGCGAGCUGACAGUCAUUCACACAGGCCACACCCUGACGCAAAUGACGUCCACGUCACUGGCACUUUCGACGACUGGUCCAAGAGCGAGCAGCUGCUCAAGGUUGGUGAGAUAUGGGAGAAGGAUGUCCAGCUCGCCGAUGCCGAGAAAAAGAUUCUUUACAAAUUCGUUGUCAAUGACAAUUGGGUUAUUGACCCGAACGCGCCUCAAGAAGAUGACGGUCAUGGCAACCUAAACAACGUCCUGUAUCCAGACCAGAUUAUCAAAAAGUCUUCUGGUGCUCCCGAGACCGUCACAACGUCUAGCGCCGCCCCUGACAGCACUACCGCUGCUCUCGCUGGUGCUGUUCCCUUGGAGCCGGCCAAAGAAGCCGCCCCAGGCGACUUGCCAGGCACCUUCCCUGAAACUCCUCAACAAGAGCCCCAAACCGUCAGCGUCAACCCACUUCCUGCCACAAGCGGCGAUGGUAAUCCAAUCACCAUUCCCGCCGGUGAGCAACUCCCUCCAGCGUCGGACAUCACUGCCAGUGCCAUCGACUCGAAGGUCACCACAUCCAAGGAGGAUUACGAAAAGGCGGGCCAGGAGGAGCCCGAGUCCUUCUCAGUCAAACCCAUUCCAGCGUCUGCCGGUCCCGGCAACCCCGUUGAUCUCCCCGCCGGAGAACCAGUUCCAGCGUCGGGUGAAGUCAGUGCCAACAGCGUCCAGUCUACCGUGACCACUUCCAAAGAAGAUUACGAAAAGGCAGGCUCGAGCGUUCCUUUCAUUGGUGGCGCCAUUGCAGGUGUUGGUGCUGCGGGGCUCGGUGCAGCUGCAUUCGCAUCCUCGGACAAGAAAGAGAACUUGAUUCCAGAGUCUUCCCUGCCACUCGGAGCAGACGCCGGCAACACUCUUGAUGCCGGUCCAACGAUCAGUUCGGCUGCGCCUGUGUCUACCACUGCUGAACUGGCUGGCAAGGUGCCCUUGGAAGAACGAAAAGAGGCAGCUAUUGUGCAUGGUAACCGCGAGACAACAGACACAGUGCCCGAAGUGGUCAAAGAGUCUAUCGCAGAGGCCCACACUUCUCCUGAGGCUACCACCUCGGCCGAGGCGGUCAAGGAAAAGGCCGAAGUGGAGCAAGAGCUGUUGAAAAAGGUACCGAGUUCAGAGGAAGUGGGUGAACCGGCUCCCGUGGCCACUGCGACUACCUCGUCGACCGCGCCAGCUGCGGCUCUGGGAACCACUUCUGCCCCAGGCGUGUCUCCAGCAGCAGGGGCUGCGCUUUCGGACGGUGCAGAGGAUCCCAGUCUUGCCGAUGAACCUGCGGUACAAUAUCUGAAGCAAAACGACGGGGCGGCAGACACUCCCGCCACCGAGGCGACCCCUGCGGCAGAGGCGCCAGCGGAGAGCCAGGCAACCGAAGCUCCCAAGGAAGCUGCCAAAGCUGAGCCAACACCUGGUACGCCUUCCAAAAAGACGGAGCCUGCUGCCAGCGCUACCCCGGCCACACCCACAUCCACGAGCAAAAAGCCGGCCAUGACACCAACUUCCACCUCGAGCCCUGCGUCGGCCAGCAAAGAAAAGAAAAAGAAGCACCGAAUCAGUUCGCUCUUCAAGAAGAUUUUCGACUAGAAGCGCAACGAGCGAGUCAAGUGGGUGCUGGUGGGAAGACUGUAGAUUGGACAGGUCACGAGACGCAUGCAGACCAUGCAGAGGUUAGGGGUUGGUGAGGGCGGAGGCUGUGCAUUUGCGAUCAGGAUGGGCGCAUUGCCAGGUUAUUGGACAGCGAAUCUCUUGGGCAUGGGUUUUGGUUGUCCAUUUGUAGAUAUCCCCUUCAGUUGUGUUCAGUUAGGAGAGGACGAGUGCUUUAGUGGAUAGGAUCCUAAUUUUAAUGGAUGUGUUUUGAGAAAGCCGAGUUAAUGCCUGGCAUGCAUGAGAUUGACGAUGAUUUGUUCGUCACCAGCCCGGAAGCGAAGCAGCAUGAUGAAUCAUGCUUUCCAGAAGCCUUCUCGAUGUUCUCAAUGUUCUCGAAGCUGGCUGUGGCGGAGCAAAGGCUGUAGGCCAGGCUGGGGGGAACCAGUCAUCCCAGUUGAAGGCUCCGCUGCAUAUGCGGAGUGAUACCUUUGCUCGAGCUUCGAUAGCUUUCGGGAGCGGAGAAGUCAUAAGAAUGCUUUCAUAAGCUGGAAAUUGACCACUACAUCGAAUUCCGUCAAUCGUGAACAAGAACGUUUAAGUUAGCUAUGGUGGAAUGAUAAUGUGGUUGAUUCUCCGAUCUAGUGGGCUUGAUGUUGGGGACCUUUCCUGAGAGUUUAUGUGGUGCCGAGACGACAAGGGUAUUUAGGCAAUCUCUAGGCGUUGCCCAAGGCUUUGGUGCAUGGAACACACCGGGAUUCUGGGGCUCUGGGGGUGCCCGCUGGAUAAGGUUCACCUCGAACGUCGAUUGUGCAAGCCGAGUGAGCCAAUGCCUACUCCGUAGGUGCUGGAGGUAGCUACCUUGGGUGCGAAGCUAGGGGGGUUGGCAGGUGCUUUGAUGCAGGACUGCUAGUGCUUGCUAAACCAAUAAUCAUUAAAGACUGGUUCUCUGCCCGCUCUACUGAUUAUUUAGCGCGUAGAUUGCGUUGAGAUGACAUCGAUUGAGCCCCUCAUAGCGCCAGAAAACAAGGUUACUGGUUACGUUUGACUAAAUAGCCUGGCACGGCUUGCAGUAUGUGAGGGGUAACAAUCAGCACAAGAUACAGGGCUACACGGGCUGGAAGAGGUAUUUGCUGCCUUGUCUUCACAGCGAGCGAUACGCCAGAACAAGGAUGAUGGGAGCAUUAUGGACAGCAACAAUACUGAUCAGACGUGCCAGAAUACUUCCCAACCCCCAGACCGCCCCCAGAUUUCCAACAGUGGUGGAGUGAGUGAGUGAGUGGUGACAACAGAAAAAGGUGCAGAUCAGUCAUAAACCACCAAAUAGGUAAUCUCAAGAGCUG